AUGGUGCCUGAUUGGCAACCUAGAAAUAUUAUAUUGGCUUUAUUAAGUAUUAUUUCAUUCCUAAAUUUUACCAUACCAGCUCCAUUAUCGGGAAAUGCUCCACAACAAAUUGCUCAAUGUCCAGGAAAUGAAAUUUACGGUUAUGUGAAUGGUACACAAAUAGGAAAAAGACAAGACUAUAUCCAUCUAGAAAUGGAAGAUCUAGAUUUAGAAGAAUGUAUUAAACAGUGUUAUGGAAAUCAUUUUUGCUAUUCAAUUUACUAUGAUGAAACAUUAAAAAAUCGUUGUGUCUUUUAUUAUUUUGCAGGAUACAAUUGUACCGGUAGACCAUUAAUUCUAUCUUCAAAUCUUAAAUAUGAGGGUAAACCAAUAACAUUCGAUUGUAUCAGAUGCCCGGGAAAAGGUGAUAUUAUAUCAACAACUGAAAUAUCAACAGUUGGGAACAUAAAUGUUAAUAGUAUAGGGGCUAAUAUUAAUCAACAAAUAUCAAAUACUGGUGAUUCAUCUUCUAAUGAUAUGAUUAAUCAAAUCCCAAAUAGUUCAGAUAAUUCAUCUUGCAUUCUUGAAUUUAUUCCUAAUUUUGAGGAUGUUGGAGAUGAGAUUGGUGAACUUUUUACUAAUGUUAUCAAUGAUAUAAAGGAUGAAAGAGAAUGCGCAAAAUUAUGCCAUAAAUCUAAUUGUGAUUAUGCUGUAUAUAAACCUUUAACAAAAACGUGUUCCUUUAUCUCAGAUUAUUUUGGAUUUAUUAAAAAUUGUUCAAGCAGGCCCUUACAAAAUUUUAUUAUUGGUGUUAUGGAAUCUAAAAUUAUUGAAACUAUCCAAAUUGAGUGUAUAAGAUGUAGACAAAAUCAUAUUGAAGAUGUUAAAAAUAUCUUUAAUAACCAGAUUAAACAUUCUAGUCACAAUAAUAAUGAGGGUGAAUGGCAUUCUAUGACUGUUGAUCCAGGUGAUGCUGUUACAUGGCCAACUAAUUUACAAUUAUCAGGACAUUGUAUUGUUGUAUUCCAAAUUGAUGAAUCACAAGAAACAUUAAAAAAUAUAGAAUUUUCAAAUACAACAGAGCUUCAAACUGUUGAACAAUGUGCUGCUUAUUGCUAUAAAUCAUCAUGUAGUAAUGCUGUUUUUGAAUUUUUAGAACAUGGAAAAGGACUAUGCAAAAUUAGUACUAAAACAGCUGAUACAUGUAGCGGAAAUCUUCAACAUCAUUAUAGAUUUUAUACAACUAAAUCUGUUUUAAUUCAAUGUAUAAGAUGUUUAGCAAAAAAACCAACAACUCAUUCUCCACAUGCAUUAAUGCCAGGAAGUAUUGAGAUAACAACAACAUCUAUUCCAGAGUUAAAAACAUCUAGUUUAUCACCAGAACAACAAUAUGAAUCUAAUGAAGGUGGAGGAACAGAAACAAAAACGAUUACAUCUUCAGAUGGCAUUGUUGAUAAAGGUGGUGAAGUUGAUGAUGAUAUUAUAAUGGAAAGUUCUCAUAAAAAAACAGCAGGUCCUCCAUCAUCAGCUCCAGUUGAUGAAAUUGAAAUAAAAUCUGGCGCUACUUUAUCAACAAACAAUGGUAAUACUGAUGAAAAAGAAUCAGUACCCUUAUCAACAACAGAAAUAUCAAUGACAGAUUCUUCCAAUAGUAAAGAAAAAAUAACGAUUGAAAGUGUUACAACAACGACUUUAUUACCCUUAACAACAAUAGAAACAUUAGUUGAAAAUAAAACAAUAUCUCAACAAACAAAAGAAAAAGAAGAUGCUUAUCUCCGAAGUUGUAUCGUAACAUUCCAAGUAAAACCAUUUUCACUAAUUGAUGAACCAAGGGAAGAUGAACCAUUAAUGGAAUUUGAAUUUAUAACAGAUUCUGUAACUAUUUGUGCAUCAAAAUGUUACAAUAAUGGUUGUACAGGUGCUAUAUAUAAUUCAGAAACAAAAAAAUGUGUGUUACAAUUAGGAAAAGUACUUAAAUGUAUUGGAGGUGAUACAUAUAAUAAUUAUUUUCCUGAAAAAAAUGAAAAAAUUAGAAUAUUUUGCCUAUCUUGUACACCAAGUAAUUUAAAAGGUAUUGAAGGUCAAAUUAAAAGUAAUAAAAAUGCUGAAGAAUCAAUAGCUGUUACAAGUACUACUGAAUUAAAUAAAGAAAUUUUAGAAGUUGAAGAUAAUCAUAGUGUAACAUCAAGUCCAUCUAUCAAACCUGGGUCAGUAUUUGAUAAAAUGACAACAAAACCAAAUGAAGAAAAUAAAAAAACAUCAAUAAUUGUUAACAAAAAAGAUAAAGAAGAAGAUCAAUCAUCAAAAUCACAUACGGUUGACCAGUCAAUUGAGACAACUACAUUAUCCAUAAAAAAUCACACAUCAAAUGAAACGUUAGAAAAUAAAGAAAUGGCUACUAGUUUACCAAAAAGUAUAAAUGAAAACGAGUCAACAACAUCUAUUCCUUUAGAAGAAAAAAAAGAAAAUAUUGAGACAAGUACAAAAAUUUCCGAUUUAGAAGAAAAAGAGGAAGAUACCAUGACAACAGCUUCAUCAAAAAGUUUGGAAAAUAAUGAACAAACUACUAUCUCUUCAGAUAUAAAUAAAAAAUCUGAAACUUCUAAUAUUGAUUCUGAUGUUGAAGGUAGUGGAAUUUCAAGUACUUUAUCAGAAAAUGAAGACAAACAAACUACACUUAUUUCUCAAAAUAGAGAAAACAAUAAUGCUAGAACUGAUGCUCCAGAAGUUACAAAAGAAGAAAGAAAAACCACAGUAAGUCUAGAAAAAGAAGAAACACAAACAAGUGAUAUUGAAGAAAUUAAAGAAACAACAAUAAUGCCGAUUACCGAAAAUGAUAAAUCAACUGUAUCUUCUAAAGUUAAUGAAAAUGAAGAUUUAACUACAUCUACUUUUGUUACAAAAGAAGGAGUAGAAACAACUAUCGUUCCAGAAAGUGAAAAUAGUAAAAAAAUAACAACUAUAACCAAUAAAGAUGGAGAAGACAAUGAAGCUAAGAUUUCUUCAACAAAAAUAAACAAUGAAGAAGUAGAAACAACUACUUCCCAGGAAAUUGAAAGUUCAAAAACAACUAAUAUCAAAGAUAUAGAAGAAAUUAACAUUACACAAACCACUUUUGUAGAUUCUCAAGAUAAAAUGAAAACCACGUCUGUCCCUGAAACUGAUAUAUCAACAGUAUCUUCUAAAAAUGGAAUUAAUGUAGAAGAGACAAACGUUACAACACCUGUUUCUGAAGGUUCCCAAAGUAAAAUAGACACUACUAUGACAUCAAUUGUAGAUUCUAAAGAAGAUGAAAAUGACAGGGUAACAACGUCUGUCCAAGGAAGUGUUAACGAAAACAUAGACACAACUACAAUUCCACAAUCUCAAAAGGAAGACAAUGAAAUAAAGACUACCCAUUUGGAAAAUAUGGAGAAUUUUAAAACAACAACAAUUGCUCAAGAAUUACCAACAAAAUCUUCAAAUGUUGAAAAUACUUUUGAGACUACCACUAUAAAUCCAGAACUUGGUUUAGAAAUAAGUAAAGACAAUAAGUCUAGUGAAUUAAAAAAACCAUCAGAAUCAGAGUCUGUCUUAUCUACAACAAUAAGUUCAGAAAACAUCGAGCAGACACCUGAGAUAACAACUAUUUUACCAGAGAGUGAGACGGAAUCUAGUAUUAACAAAAAUAAGGAAGAAACUGCUACAACAUUAUUAAUACCUGUUGAUUUUGAAACUACAACUGACAAAGGAUUGGAUAAUAACAAAAAUAAUGAAGAAGCAUCAACAUUAAAACCUAUUUUCAAAGAUAAAUCUGAAACAGAUGAACCACUAGAAGGAAGUGGAAUAGAUGAGAUUGAAGGUAAAGCUUCUACUAUAAUAAAUAUUACUGAUGAACCAACCGAAAAAGAAAUUUCUACGACUGAGGGAACAAAAACUACAAUUAUACCUAUCAUUGAUAGUGAACAAAAUACAGAGAACCUCUUCCCAGAAGAAAAAAAAUUAACUACUGGAAAUCCAAUUGAUAUUGCAUCUACAACAAUCUCCACAAUAGCUAAAGAAUCACCAUCUUCAAAUGCAGAAGACAAAUUUGAAAGGACUACAAUUUCUUCAGAAACAGAAAAAACUGAAUUAGAAACUGUUCAAUUAACAGAGCAAAAUACUACAUCAACGAUAGAAUCAGAUAAAUUUGAAACAACAACAUUUUCUUUACCAGAAAUGGGAUUAGAAAUAUCCAGAAGUAAAGGAUUACAAACAACAAUUGAAAAAAAUAUAAAUAAAACCGAUGACAAGAUUGAUAAUGAUUUCACUACAAAAUUACCUGAUGAAUUACAUUUGAAUCCUAAAGAUGAAAUAAAUGUGAAAGAAUUUGAAAGAGAAGAUGAGUCAUCAACAACAUUAGUAGCAAAAGUUGAAGAAAACAAUAAGAAAUUAUCUGUAGAAGGACUAGAUACUACAACAGCUAUUAUUGAAUUCGAGAAAGGGGAUGAAGAUAAACCAAUAAACUCGGAAGAUAAAAAUAGUGAGUUAGAAACUACAAUUGUUUUUAAUUCUGACAAACAAAGUAUUUUAACUACUACUCUUCCGGAGGAAUUAGCAAAAAAAGAAGAAGUUCAAAUUAAUAAUGAACAAACAAACAAAUCUUCAACCAAAGUUAGUGAAGAAAAUCUCAACAAUGAAAGCAAAACAACCGUUAUCUCAGAUACUGAAGAAAUGACAACAACUAUAAUUAUACAAACAGAAUCAAAAAAAAAAGAAAAUGAUGUCACUAGUAUUGCUCCAAAUGUUUCAGAAGAUAAUGGAAAAACAACAGUUAGAUUUACUGAUGAAGAAAAGAUAAUAACAACUACAACAACAUCUAUUGAAAAAGAAACAACUGAUGUUACCACUGUUGCUUCAAAAUCUAAUGAAGCAAGUAAAUCAGGAAUAAAUCGUGAAGACGAUGAUUUAGUUGAAAAAAUAAAUUCCGAAUCAGAAACAACUAUUGAAGCGGUUGAUUUUGAAAACAAACAAACAACGAUGACUCUUCCACAUACAGUAAAUGAAUUUUCUACAAGUAAUCCAGAAAUCAAGGAAUCAAAAGGUGAAACUGAAAAUAAUAAAGAAUUCGAUACAUUAACAACGGUCUCUCCAGAAAAUGAAAAAGACUUAACAAAAAACCCAUCGGAAGUGACAAUUCAGACCGAAAAAUCAAAAACAAAAAAUAUUCCUGAGAGUGAACACACUGUAGAAGAAGGAUCAGGAGAGGGCGAGGAAGAAGAAAGUGGCGAACCGACAAGUAUUACUGGUGAAAUUGAUAAUGAAAAUGAUAAAACAACAACUGUAUCUGCUAUUGGUGAAGAAAAACUCACAGAAACAUCAAAAGCUUUGAUAGAAAAUGAGACUAUCGAACCAUCGACUAUCUCUUUAGGCAAUGAAUUUAUCGCAACAACUCCAAACGAUUUGAAUGAAUUUAAAACUGAUAUUGACACGACAACACCUAAUUCUUUAAACAAAACUGAAAAAAAAGAGGAAGAAAUUACUACAACAUUAAACACAAAUGAAAAGAAUGGUGAAUCAAAAUCUUCUACUAUACUUACAACUGUUGACUUUGAAAGUUCUGGAAAACCUUUACAAGGAAAUGCUUUUGGCGAAAAAGGAAUGGUACUUCAAACAACUAUUUCUCCAGAAAAAGAAGAAGGAUCUACUGACAAACAAACAACAUUUUUACCAGAGAAUAAAGUAAUUUCAGGUGAAAAUCAUGCAACACAUUUUCCAGAAAAUGAAGAAGGAUCUACUGAUAUACAAACAACAUCUCUACCAGUGAAUAAAAUAAUUUCAGGUGAUAAUCAUGCAACACAUUUCCCAGAAGAUGAAGAAGAAUCUACAGACACUCAAACAACAUUUUCAUCAGAACAUAAAGUAAAUAUUGGUGAAUCUCAAACAACACCUUUACCAGAAAGUGAAGAAGGAUCAACAGAAAGUCAAACACAACCUACAAAAGAACAUAAAAAUGAUUCGGACAUUAAUAAAGAAGUAAUUGUAAAUGAAAAAGAAAAAGAGUCUAUGGAAAAUCAAUCAACAUCUAUACCUGAACUCAAAGAAGAUUUUGAUAUAACCAAAACAACACAAUCACAAGAAAAAGAAACUGUUGACAAAGAAAAAUUAACAGAAGGUAAUGAUAAAGAAGAAUUUGAAUCAAGUGGAAAGGAAUUGGUUGAUAAUCAAGAAUUUUCUUCAAAUAAUACAAACGGUCUUCCAGAAAUGGGCUUAGAAAUUUCACGAUUUAGAGGGCUAUCGGGAAGUCUACCAAACAAAACAGAAGAAACAAAUGUUUUUCCUAAAACAAGUCAUAAUGAAGAUGAAAAUUUCUCCGUUACUAUUUCAACUGAAAUAAAUAAAGGAGAUGAAUCAACGUCACCUAUUGAUUUAGAUAAAAAGUUAGAAUCAACAACAAUUCAAUCAAUAAAGAUUGAUUCAACUGACAACUUUGAAAGUAGCGGUAUCAAUGAUUCAACCGAGCCCACAGUUAUCAGUUCUAAAACGACGACAACAAAUGUAGAAACAACUGGAAAAGAAUCUGAAGAAGGAAAUAAUACAACUAAAGAAAUAUCAUUAGAUUCUAUUACAACUGUUCUUCCAGAAGCUGAAAGUAGUGGAAUAGAAGAAGAAAGCAAAACUAUUGUAACUGAAAUACCGACUAUAAAAAGUGAAGUUGAAUUGAAGAAUGCUGAAGAAUUGUUUCCCGAUGACGAGCAAAUAGAACGUAUACGUACUCAAUCUUCUACUACUAAAUCAAUUUCUGAAACAGUUAUAACAACAACAGAACCUUCUGGUUCUGCUUUUGUUACUGAAAACAGUGAACAAUCAGAAGAAAAAGAGACUCCAAUAAAAACUACUGUAAAAUAUAAUUUUAGUACUGACUUGAGUACAGUUGAAACAACAUUUGAUGAUACAAAAAGUAAAGUAAUUUCAACACAAGUUUCUGAAGUAAUAAUUACAACAACAGCUAUACCAAUUGAUGAACAAUUAUUUACAAUUCAACCUUUUAAAGGUUUGGAUAACCAAUUACCAAAGAAAAAUCAAACCGCUAAUAAUUUAACAAUAAUUCCAGUUGAUACUAAAGAAAAUGAGCAAAAUAAUCAAUUUACAACAGAAUCAACUUUUAAAACAGAUAAUCAAGAAUUAUCAAAAGAAAAAAAUAUUAUUCAAACAACUAUAAUACCAGAAAUAAAAGCAGAUAAUAAUAAUGAGGAAGUAGAAGUGUCUACCAUGCCUUCAGGUGAAGGAAGUGGUGAAGAAAUAGCAACCACUUUAAUUAAUGAUUCAAAUCUAAGCGGAGUUUCCCAAACAACAGUGCCAACAACAAAAACUAAUGAAGAUAGUUUAACAAUAGUUUCUUCUACUGAAAAAGAAAAACAAAGUAGCGAUGUAAACAGUUUUAAAACAACUGAAACAUUAAUAGAUGACAACGAUAACAUUAAAACAACAGUUAGUGUAAAUAAAGAUAAAAAUGAUAAUGAAGAACAUAUAGAAACUACUAUUCCAACGAUUCAUGAAGAAAAAUCUAAUGAGGCUACCACAAAAACAGAUAAAGAAACUAUUAUUGAUAGUGAACAAGAAGAUUCAAAUGUUACUGUAGAACCUUUGUUAAAAUCAACUGACUUUGAUUUAGGUAAAAAAAUUUCUACGACAACAGAAGAAAAGGUUCAUUCAACUAAAGUUCCAUCUGUAUCAAAUGAAGAAACGACAAACUUCGAAGGUUCAGGUGAAGAAGUAGAAACUACAACACAAGAAAAUCAAAAAAGUGAUAAGUUUGUUACAAAACAAAAAAUAGAAGAUGAAUCAUUAUUCACAACUAUUUUACCAAUAACUAAAAUAGCUAUAAUUAAGGAUGAAGAUAAAACGACAAUUUUAACACCAUUGAAAAGUGGUGUAGAAGGAGAACAAAACGACAAAUCAGAUAAGGAAAUUUUUGUUAAAAAUGAUAAUGCAACAACAUUGAACAAAUCUUCAUCUAAAAAUGAGGAUGAAAAAGUAAUUAUCACAGCUUCCACUGUCAAAACAAUAUUAAAUGAAACUAAUUCAAGCAAUGAAGAUACAAAUGAUGAAAAUAAAAAACCUGAAAUUCAAGAAUCAUUCAAACAAGAUAAUAGUCAAACAACAGAAGGUUCUUUACAGACAACACAGAAACCAACCACAGUAGAAAUUAAAAAAGAACAUACGACUACAAAAGAAAUAGAAUCAGAAGGACCAGCCUUUGUAACUGAAUCACCUGAAAUUUCAGAAACAAAAGAAGAUCAUUUUUCAGUAACAAUACUAUCACCUACUGAAGAUAUAAAUAAAUCUAAACCAACCGAAAUGGAAACAUUUGACAAAACUACAGAAUCAUUGUCAACAUCAACAGGUACAGUUGAUAUUGAAAAAGUAACUUCGGAACAAAUAGAUGACAAAGUCGAAGAGUUGAUACCGCAAGAAAAGAAAAAAGAAGAUGAGCUUGAUGCAAGCAAAAUUGAUUUUGGACCAACAACAACAUUAAAAAUGGGUAAAAUCGAUGGAGAAAUAACAACUAUUGAACCAGCACAAGUUUCAGAUAACGAUAAAGAAUUACAAUCAACUACUUCUACUAUUAUAACAGAAGAUGAUGGUUCAAUUAUAGAUACAUCAAUACUAAAAACAGGCACUAUUGAUACAUCUAAUCCAAAAGAAACCGAUGUUACAUUAAUAUCUGGAGAUUCAAUUGCUACAACAUUAAAUGUAAAAAAUGAAGAAGAUUCUGAAGUUACUACAGUUAAAACAAAUUUAAAUGACAAAAUCGAAACAAUAAUUACUAAUAUACCAUUUACUACAGAAUCUAUUGAUUUAACUAAAACAACAAUUGAAAGUGAUGAAAUCCAAAGUAGUAAAAACGAUAUUAAUAAAAAUGAAAUGUCUACAAUUUCUCAAGAAGCUUUUGUUACAGAUAAAACAGAAAUUUCAACACAUAAAGUUAAAACAGACAGUGAAAUUAAUGUUGAAACAACAACAUUUUAUGAUGACACAGCUAAAAAGAUAUCUAUAAAACCGAAUAGCAAUAUUGAUAUUUCAUCUUCCAAUACAGAAACAACAGUUUUACCAGAAUCUGAAGGAAUAACGCUUCAAUCUAAUGAAAAUAUUAAACAUUCUUCACAAGAAACAACUACUUCUACAAUUAUUGAAACAACAAAUAAUGAAGAAAAAGACAAAAAUGAACAACCAGUAGCAAUAACAAUGUCUGUUGAAAAUUUAACAACUCAACAACCUUCAGAAAGUGAAGAUAGAAAAUCUGAGUUCACUAAAGUUAAUGAAGAAACAACAGUUCAUACUGAUAAUGAAGAAAUUAAUAGUACAAUUUCUCCUGAAGAAAAAACAAAUAUAGAUAAUAUUGAAAAUGAAUCUAAAGUAAAAACCGAUGAAACUACACCAACUUUAGAUGAAAUUCAAACUACAAUAAUCCCAGAAACAAAAAUAUCAAGUGAUCUAAUUACAACUCAAUCAACAGAAGAGUCAACUGAAAGACCUAUUAAAGCAGAAACAAUAGAUUUUGUUAGUGUAACAACAACAGUUUCAUCUCAUCAAAAUGAAUCAACAUCUAGUGAUUUAACUACAACGGAAGCAACAUCUGCUGAAACAAAAUUAGUGGGAACUGCUGAAUCAAUUGAUGCUGUAUCUAUUGAUAAACACAUAAAUUUACCAAAAACAGUUGGAAAAGUUGACUCUAAGCUUUCAAGUAAUGAAAAACCAUCAAAAGAUAGUGAUUCUGAAGAAAAAUUAUCAGAUAAAGAUGAUUAUGAAGAUAAAAUAUUAACAGAAAAUAAUGAUUCAGAGUCUCAAAAUAAAGUAUAUACAACUACAGAACCACCUGUUGAAGCAGUUGCUGAUUUAGUACAUACAUUAACAAGAACAAAUGAUCUUGAUUUAUUAUUAAGGGGUGCCACAAAACAAUUGGUAGAUAUUCGAAAAAAUGCUAAAUGUGGAGUUAAUACUCUUCGUUUUGCUGCUCGUCCAAUGAAAGACUUCAGUCAAGAAUAUGAAGUUAUUGAGUCAGUAACAUCAUUGUAUGCAUGUCUUGAAACAUGUUAUAUAACAGGGUGUAAAAAAGCUGCUUUUGUUCCAUAUCCACAACCAAAAUGUUUAAUGCAUUAUGAGCUUGGAUCAAAAUUAACUAAUUCAUGUACUACAUCCUCGGUUUAUCAAUUAACAACUCAUUGGCAUUUUUCUAAUCCAAGUGAAGUUAUUGAGAUAUUAUGUCUUGUCUGUGAUAACGAUAAUGAAAAUUCAAAUGAAAAAUUACAAAUAGAGAAUGUUUUUAAUAUUCUUAUUGAUGAUAAACGCAAAGGAAUGGAACAACAAGCAUUUAUUACAGAAAUAUGUAAUGGUGCAGGAAGAUUAGAAUUCCAAGUUAAACCUGUAUCAAAAUUCCCAAGACUUAAUAUUACUCAUGAUGUACCAGCAAAUUCACCAGCUGAAUGUGCUAUGAAAUGUAAAGAAAAUAAUCAUUGCGAUUUGGCUGGUUUUGUUCCAUCACCACAUGCAAAAUCAUCUGGACUUUGCCUUUUGACAUCAGAUACACAUUAUUGUGAUCAUGAUGAUGAAACAUAUAAACAUGUUCCACAACAUCAAUCAGAAGUACCAUUCCUUCUUCAUUGUAUCAGAUGUUCAAAAUGUAGGUAUAAUAUGAAUCCUGUUAUUCCAGGAAUAACAGAAGUUAUACCAUUUGAAACAACAAAAACAGUUAACAAUAUUGAGGAAUGUGCUUUACAAUGUAGCAAUUCUAAAUGUACAGUAGCUCAAUUUAAUCCAAAAUCAUCAACAUGUUCAACAACUAUAAAUCCAUCUUUCAAAAAUACUUGUCCAACAGAGAAAGCACUUCAAGUUGAUGGAAGUCUUCAAAUUCGUCUUCAUUGUGUCAGUUGUACUAACUAA